AAUAUAAAAAAAGACAAACAAAAAAACUAAAAAUGAAACUCUAAAAUAUAUUUAAAAUCAUAUUAAUAUUUAAUCUAUUUGUAUGUUUUUCAAUUUAAGAAAAUAGUUAAUAAAAAGAGACAACUUAAAUAAAUAGUGAAGCAAAUAAAGAAUAAUCAAUUACUGAAAAUAAAGAAACAGUAAAAGUAACAUAAGAAAAUCUUACAAAAAACGAAAAUAGUGAAGUUUAAGAUCCUCAAUAGAAAGUCGAAUAAAGUGCUAAUAAUGUAACUAAUAGCAGCUCAAACGAAGAAAAAUAAGAAAAUAAAAAUAAAGAAUCGUAAGAAAGUAAAGAAACAGUAAAAACAGAAAAUAAAAAAGAGAAUCUGACAGAAAAGGAAAAAACUUAAGAACAAAAUGCUUAAAAAAAAUAAAAUGAAGAAUAAGCUCUUGAUGAAAAUCAAAAUAAAAAUUAAGUAAAAACUAAUUUAGAUAAUCCUUUGUAAGAUAAUAAUGGAAAUGGAUUCAUUUAUUUUUUAAUUAAUGUAUGUUUAGGUUUAUUUGUAUUAAGUGUAGCAUUUUAUAGAUAUAAAUUAAAAAAUCAAAGAAUUCCUCCAUUCAGCCCUCCUAGUUUCUGCCCUAAUAUCAUAUAUCCCAGACCAGAAAACGAAAUUUUAAUCGAAGAUUAUUAUUUCUAAUAAAUAGAAAAUGAAAAAAAUUAUAGUAAUAACUUCUGAUUUAUAACUUAUUUAAGAUAUUGCUUUUUCUAAAGAAUUACACUAUAAUUGCAAACUUAAAACAUUCAUAAUAUAAAAAACAUUGAUAGACCUUUUCUUUAUAAGUAAAGAAAAUUUGAUAUUAGAUGU